UGAUGAGACUGAACAAGGAGGAGGAGGAGGAGAAAUUUUUCGUGUCUGAAGAAAGGAGUAAUCGGCCCAAAAGUAGGGCAAGGGCAGAGGACAAGGUACUAAGAUGUCGGGGCUUCAUCGAUCUUCGAGCGCUCCAUUGAAGAACGGCCUCCCGCCUCAGGAACUCCUCGACGACCUCUGCAGCCGGUUUGUCCUGAAUGUGCCCAAAGAAGAUCUCCAGUCAUUUGAGCGUAUCUUGUUUCUCGUGGAGUAUGCGCAUUGGUUCUAUGAAGACAACUCUGUGGAGAUGAAUCCGUCCUUGAAAUCCCUGACUCUGAAAGAGUUCACUUCCUUACUUUUUAACAGCUGCGAUGUAUUAAGACCUUACGUUGCUCAUAUUGAUGACAUCUUUAAGGACUUCACUUCCUACAAGGUUCGGGUUCCUGUGACCGGUGCCAUCAUCUUGGAUGAAUCCUAUGAACGGUGCUUGCUGGUGAAAGGAUGGAAAGGAACAAGCUGGAGUUUUCCCCGUGGGAAGAAGAACAAAGAUGAGGAAGAUCAUGCUUGUGCUAUUAGAGAAGUCCUAGAGGAAACGGGGUUCGAUGUGUCAAAUCUUCUGAACAAAGACGACUAUAUUGAAGAGAUGUUUGGGCAGCAGAGGGUGCGGCUGUACGUUAUUGCUGGUGUGAAGGAUGAUACAACCUUUGCACCACUUACCAAGAAAGAAAUCAGUGAAAUUGCAUGGCAGCGCAUUGAAGACCUUCAGCCGGCAAGUGACAAUGUCAUAUCCCGUGGGGUGACUGGCCUUAAGCUGUAUAUGGUUUCUCCUUUCCUCACAUACUUGAAGACGUGGAUUUCAGCACACAAGCCCCCUCUUGCUUCAAAACCCAACAUCCCAGUCAAAGCAAUGUGUGUGUGGAAGGCAAAAACUGGCUCCACUGGGAGCAGCAGCACUAUGAUAACAGAGACCCAGCUGACUAGAGCCAUGUCCGAGAGCCGCCCUCCUGAUACUGCCCCAGGGAAGAGCUUCAGAAACUUCAGGUUUGAUACCACAGCGAUCGUAAGAGCAAUGGAAGCUGGUUUUUCCACAUGAAGGGUCAGGAUCAGAACUGUCUUUUCAUCAUCUAGCUAGCACGGUCUUUAGACUAAAGUUACUGAAGCAUCUUCAUAACUUUCAGUUGUCAGUGCAGUCAAUAAGUUUCGAGUUUGCACUGUAAUUACUACUUUGUACAGAAACCUUGGUAGCAGUAUAUUUAUGUCUUCAGCUUCAACAAGAUUUCAAGUUCAGGCUGCCCUUUUAUUGCU